CGAACAUCGAACACCGGAAUACCGGCGCGAGGCAACGGACCGUCCACACGUAGGGCGCGGUCGUACGAGAAAUAAAAAGUAAAUAAAAUAGUAAUGGAGCUCAAAGGAAAGGUUGCUCUGAUUACCGGUGCGGCGGCCGGCAUAGGAUUGGCUUAUAGUGAGGAAUUGCUGAAACAUGGAGCUAAGGUGUCAUUAUGCGACAUCGACUCCGACAUCGGCGAGCAGAUCUCCGACGAGCUGGGCGCGAAGUACGGACGCAAGAACGUGCUGUUCUGCCAAUGCGAUGUGACCGACUACCCGCAGUACGAAGAGGCCUUCGAGAUGACGAUCAAAGUGUUCAACCGGCUGGACAUCGUGAUCAACAACGCUGGAGUCAUGAAUGAUCGAUUUUGGGAGCUGGAAGUCGAUGUCAACUUGAACGGCGUCAUCCGCGGUACUUUACUGGCGUACCGGUUUAUGGGCAAGGACCGCGGUGGACAGGGCGGUACCAUUGUGAAUACCGCUUCAACUGCAUUCACAAGGCCCCAAGUAUCUACUCCUAUCUAUACAGCCACAAACUACGCCGUCGUGGGACUUACUAGGGCUUACGGGGACCAGUAUCACGUAGGACUAACAGGCGUUAGGAGCCUGGUGUUAUGCCCUGGUCUCACAGACACGGGCCUGGUCAAGGAAAUACGCAAACAGCUCAUGUCUUCCGAGUAUGAGGCAGCUUGGCAGCGUGACAACGCCAACGCCAAGACGCAAAGCUCAGAGCACGUAGGACGAGCUCUAGUGGAGAUCCUCACCAAAGGCCAGAGCGGCUCCGUGUGGAUCGUGGAAAACGGCCAACCCGCACGGGAGUGGCGUGGCUAAACUACCUUCACUCGACAACCUUCCAGUAUCUACUGUGCGAGAAAUGCGACAUAAUGAUAUUUUCAGAGCUAUGGAAAUGGAACACGGACUUCAGAAUAAAAGAUAAUAAGUAUUUAUGGGCGCGGUAUGUUUCUGAUUACGGCACAAAAUGUUCAGAAAGACUGACCAAUUAAAUAUCUGUGUGUGAGUAGGCGGGUCCACAGAGUCCACACAGAACGAGCCGCGAAAACAAAAUUGCCGCGCGAAGCAACUCGGUCAGUGUAGACGUGCCUCGGUGUCGAUGUGGUCCUAAUUGUAGUCAAAACGCACACGAUCUUAACCCUUUAACCUUUUGGACGCCAAUGACGGAUACACCGGCACCGCAGGUCCAACGCCAAAUACUGAACCUACGUGCAUGUGCAUAAAGUUCAAUUUCAGUUUUGACACUUCGGUGAUGUGGCGUCCGAGUGACAGCUUUUGUGUUUGACACUGCGUAGAAAAGGUUCCAGGUUGCCAUCACGCCUAUCGAGCGCAGCGCAUCAUCGAGAACCUUGUCGGAUGCACGAAGGUUGAUAUUGGGCUGUAGCAGGCGUGUCUCACAACGCGAUUUCGUCGCGUCCCUACAAGUACAUGCGGCCGACACCAAUUUUGGUGUCUAGCCAUAGUAGUUGCCGCGCACCGCUACGGAACAGACGCCUGUUCGCGCUUGCGCCACCUAGCGGUCAUAUCUGUCGUAAUAGACGCAUUUUGUUAGAGUGAAUCUUCUGUACCAAGUAGGUACUAUUAUUUAUUCUGUGGCUGUAGCCCGGUGCGCGUCAGCGGUCAACGGCGCAACACAUUCUGAUAUCUAUGGUCAGAAGAAAAGCCAAAAUAUUUCUAUUCUAGUCCAAUAAUACUUUUUCGAUUACCUUAUUUUAUGAGGAAGCGCAAGAUAUUUGUCAAGCUUUACCUGAGAAUGUAUGGUCAUUUUUAACCCCGACGCAAAAAGAGAGGUGUGUUAUAAGUUUAAUUAACACGAUAAAGGCGUGAAAGGUAUUCUCAUAUAAUGUAGGUAUACUAAGAUAUUUCGAAUGACUGUUUUGUUUGGGUGAUCCUAUCCAUCCUAUUUAAAUAAUCGUGUUUUUCUUUUGAACAAUCGACCUAAAGCUCUUGACAUUAUAUUACUGUUUCCGAUCUAGACUUAAAUUGGCUCAAUGAUAGUAUAUCUGCCAAGAAACAACGUACUUGCGCCGCGUUAUUUUAAAAACACAAUGGGAAUGACUAAUUUCCUUUCCUUUUUGAACUUUCUUUACGAAUCUUUUUAACCUUUUGAACGCUUUGUCAUAAACAAAAACGUCACUGUCACACCAAGAUAACGGGCGCAAGCGAGCGAAUGUAAAUUUUACUUUAAAGUGUCAAGUUUACUUUCGUCCGCCAUAACCCAUAUAGUGGUCCUUGGCGCUGUGGGCACGACUAGUAACGACCACUUUAUGGGUUCUUGGCGUUCAAAGGGUUAAGAGCAUUUUUAAAACCUUAUGUGUUUGGGACAAUUGUGUUUUAUACUUCUGAUGCUUAUGGAUUUACUUAUGACUACGUAUAAACUCCACAAAGUAAAUGAAUACGUGAUGUGGUUGUGUAAAUACUCAGUUCUUUAGUAUUAGAAAUGUUUGAGUAAGAAGCUGCAUUUAUAUUUUAUGAAAUAUAUUUUACAAAAAUAUAGAAAAGUAGGUUAAGAAUAAUGUUAGACAAUGUAUUGUGUACCUAUACUUGGAAAUUGUCAGUAUACCUAAGGCCCUGUAUAAUAAGAUAAGUUGUAUUAUAAGCACAUACUAUGUUAUUGGCUUGUGUAUGUUACGAUGUCAGACAUUUUGUUGACGUGCAAGUGAGGAGUGUCUUUUUAAGGGGUUUAUUUCUCUAUAAAAACCAUACAAAAAUGAGCCUUGUGAAAAGACAUACUAGACUUAUUUUUGUAUGGUUUUCUUAGAGAAAUAAACCCUUGAAAAGACACUCCUCAAGUGUUACCAGUUAUUUCAUUUUACAGACGAAUAUUUUAUUAUUAUUGACAUUACAGUCUAAUUUCGGUAAUCUUUCGUGAGAUGAAAUAUCUAUAACAAUUACCAUGGAAUUUAAUACUCUAAGACACUAAGUUCUCAACAGUUUUUUACAAGUUUGUUGCUGAGAUUUUUUGAUUUGCAAUAAAAGAGAAAAGGUACAA